UCUAAGGCGAAUAUUCAUAACAGCCGUGAAAACUGAGUUGUAUCGUUGCAAUACGCAUCAUUGAGGAGUUCGCAACAAAGUGCUAUAUUUGAUAUGGCAAAGAUUUUUUACGUUCUGAUCGGUUUGUGCAUGUGGUAUGAAGUGAAUUCCACAUUUAUAAGUAGUUUUUCCAACAUUGUCAACUACGUCGUCACCGAUGGAAAGUUUGUAUUUAAUACGAAAUCGUUACUUGACGAGAGUUUGCUCAAUAACGAAAUUCGUGAAAAAUAUAACGACAUAUCUCAAGGUGAGAUAACAAUUACUACAACCUCGGGACAAGUCAUUGGAUCAAUCUUAGACGAGGCGCAUGCGUUUUUCAGCGUGCCAUAUGCGGCGCCACCAGUUGGGAAGCUUAGAUUUCGUAAUACCAAACCCGUAAUCAAAAGUUUGAAUCCCAUCAAUGCUACAAUACCGAACAGACUGAAUUGUCGCCAGCUUCCACACACCGAGUGCGAGGCGGGUUAUUGUAUCAUACUGCAAGACGAAGAUUGUCUCGUUCUCAAUGUUUUUGUUCCAAAAACGGUUGAUUUAUCGUCCCAAAACCCUGGAACAAAUCUUCCUGUUUUACUGUGGAUACACGGUGGUGCGUUCUUCUCUGGUACCGGAACUUCGCCUAAAACAGAUGGUCGAUGGCUGAGUCAAGCAACAAAUACAAUCGUUGUUACAAUCAAUUAUAGGCUAGGAGCCUAUGGAUUCCUGGUCUACAAUAAAGGUAGCGAUUAUUUGAAUGGAAAUCAAGGACUGAAAGACCAACAAAUGGCAAUGCAAUGGGUGCAGCAAAAUAUUGAAAAUUUUGGUGGCGAUAAGGACAGGGUGACCAUAUUUGGUGAAAGUGCAGGAGCACAAUCUGUGAUGUGGCACAUGUUAUCUGAAGUAAGCAGGCCCCUUUACAGAAGGGCAAUACUUGAAAGUAAUGCUGCGAUCUUCCCCCACCAAACGCAGCAAGAAGCGAUGGAUGUUACAGAGAGACUGCUGAAACAACUUAAUUGCAGUGCAGACGAUGUCGCUAUUGAAUUUGCAUGCUUGUUAAAUGCACCAGUAGAGGAGUUGGAUAAUUUUCCUAAAGUGAUGGCAGCCUCAGCGAUUGAUGGUGACGGAUGGAGUGCAGUUGAACCCUAUCGACCGAUUAUAGAUGGAGUUGAAUUUACAGAUCAACCUUUAACUUUAUUCAAGACAGGAAAAUGGAAUGUAGACAGAGAAUAUAUUGUGGGAGCGAAUACGGAAGAAGUUGAAAUAUUGCAGUACUAUGUUCCCGGAGACCAAGGAUUAUCAAGAUUUGCUUUUCGGAAAAUCAAUACACUGUUCAUGGGGGAUGAAGUAGGUCAGAAAACCGCAGAUUAUUACGAAGAAUUAAUCGGCCCAGACGGUGAUGAUUACAGUAAAAUUCUUGGUAUCGAAGCAGGAGAUGCAUUUUUCAUUUGUCCAAGCCGAGCAAUGUCGAGGUUUGCAUACAAAACUGCAGAUAACCCAAGUGGAUUAUAUUUCUACAUGUUUGAUCAUCCAAUCGAUGGAAAAUAUUGUCACGAAGUAUAUCCAAAAAACGAAACGUGUGGAUAUGUUUAUCACUCUGCUGAAAUUCCCUUUGUUUUUAGAUCAGGAGACGGAUACGGAUAUUAUUUCAACGAAAACGAUACUUUAGUAGCGGAUCAGUUCAGCAAGUAUUGGGGUAACUUUGCUCGUAUGGGGGAUCCCAAUAAUGAUGACGAAGGGCCCUCAUUUCCAGAAAUUCCGUAUUGGCCAGCAUACGUUAUGUCACAAGAUAAAGAGGAUUGGAUGAAUAUUCACAUUGAGCCACCGAGCCCAUUUGUCGAAGCCCGUUACAAAGAAGAUAUUUGUGAUUUUUGGGACAGUCUGAAUUUUUACGUUACGUUUCCAGAAUCUACCGGCACAUAUACCGUAACCGCUGCACCAACACAACCAUUCUCAAAUACCAGCUUAGCGACGCAUAAAGUAACAACAAUAAAGGAUGAGAUUAACACCACUUCUUCAGCCAGUAGACUUACGUUUUUCAACGUUUAUGUAUUGAUAUGUGCCUAUAAAUGUAUUAGUCAGUGGGUUUAGAUGAUUUUAUGAAUAUGUCAGUUGUAUGUUCACAAGAAUUAUA